AUGGGUAUUGUUUCGAAAUUGGCGUCCUCCACCAUUGGCUUCACCUCCGAAGCUAUCCACGCUGCCCGCAACAGCUCAUCCAAAAGGCGCUCUGUGUCUUCUUCCUCCCCUUCUCUCGCGGGCACCGAGCACAUCGUCGUUGUUGACGGGAAAUCCGGUCAGACACAGAGCAAAGACGCCGAAACGGGAUAUGAGGAUGGCUCUCCCUCCGAGGAGCUGGAGCGCGGCGUCGAUCAAGAUGAAGCAGCUUGGGAGCUUGACGAGGCGGCGCGCAAUGCGAGAUUGCCGACAUAUGAAGAAGCGGAAUAUAUGCAAUUAGGCACUGAAGAUACUGAAGCUGAGAAGGUGCGGAAGAAGGAAGCCAUGGUGCGUGCGCUGGUUAGAAAGGCAGGCCCAGUGAGCGUUGUGCAGCAGAUUCCUUGUCCGGUGAUUAUUCCUCAGCGCAGACCCAGAUUCAAGGAUCGCGGCUUUGUGCGUGCAUAUGCGCCAGUGUUAGCCGAUAGUGGUAUCAGUCAGGACGUGUUUUUGGAAUUUCUGGAGGUUUUUGACAAAGCGAGUGAGGCCGACGCCUGGCUCGACGUGAUCUAUGUCGCCUCUGGUAUUGUGAGCUUCGCCCCCGAGCUCAUAGCCAGUAUCACGGGCUCAAUCAUCCAAACCGUGGCAGGAACCGCCCGAGAACUACAAACGCGUCGCCGCAGAAACAACUUCCUUGACCGUGUGAACCAAGAACUAUUCAUGCCACGCGGGUUGUUUGCCAUGGUGAUGGCAUUCAAAGAUGAGAUCCCCCCGGAGAAGAACGGGGUGAGAAAAAUAACCACGGCCUUUGGACAAAUAAUGCUUAUCAUGCCCGAGAAGCUCGAUAUCGCAAACGACAGACUCGGUAUCGAUGAUGCAGUCGCAAAAUAUAGCAACCCCGACCCAGAAAUGUCCAAGGCCAAAAAGCGCUAUCAAGACUACAGACUCACGAGCGGUGAAACACACGGACAGAUGCAGUUACCUGAUGCUGCGCCGCUGGUAUAUCCUGAUUUGGAUCGGAUUGCAGCCCAGGCAGGCGAGGGGAAAGCGCAAGGGGCUAAGAAGGCUGGGGAUUGGGUGGCCGACUAUAUGGAUAGAAGAAUGCAGGCAUUGUUUGAAGCCAAGCACCCAGGGUCCGCUCUAGCUGUGCCCGCGUCAGAGCGAAAAGCCUUUGUUUCACGCUACAACGACCCCAAUCACGCGGCGAACAGCGGAUCGCUUACUGCAGUCCUCACCGGCGGCAAGGUUGGCCACCACAGCCUGGCUGAUCGGUUUGUGCAAGUAUCGGAUGCCAUCAAGAAAUCCAGGAAUGGCGGCGAGCUCCCCGAUCCGGAGCGUGUGAGGGGCGCGAGGCGUGCGCGCAUGAAGGAGAAGAAGUCGGCCUUUCUCAAGAGGACGUUUGUGCAGGAUGUGCUGUAUUUGCUGAUUGUCAACCUUCCUGGCGAGGACCAGGUGCAGCAAUCGGUUGCUGAGUUGGAGCAAGUGUUGCGACAGGCUAAGCAAGAGCCGCCACCUGGAGAGUUGUCGUCGGAGUCUGCCUAG